AUGACACUCACAAAGGACCAGAAGCUGAUCGCGAAGCGCCGCGCGAAGGAUGUUAUUCCGGAACCCACACCUCUCUGGACGGACAUCGGUGAUGAUACGAGGAAGGAAAUGAUUCAACAGUUACUGGCGAAUCUACGCAGAUCCAAUAAUACCGAGAUCGCAAAGACCAUCGAGCAGAAUCCGAACGAAGGCUUUUCCGUAUUGCAGGGAAAGAUCAAGUCAAUGCGAUCUGCACAAUUAAAGAAAUCCCGAGAAUCCCAAACUCAGGAAAGGACCACGCCCGGUAGCGAGAACACAGCUGCCGCUUCCGCCAAUAACGCCUCAGACAGUUGUGGUCACCCAUGA